CGUUCACUUCUCUUCCCGACGUUGACCCGAACAGACGGUUAUAUAUAUUCGAAACGAGAUUUGAAAAAUAUAAUAUAUCUUUCUCCCCCGGUGAUCUGGUGUGGUGUGUGCAUAAUCCGAGAUCCAGAAGAAUAGUUUCCAAUCAAUAACAAUAGCAAUUUCCCCCUCUGGAGAAAAGGUGCUGACAGUGCUGGCCGGAAAUUGGAACGCUUUAAUGUCAACAUAAUUACGCGGCAAUAAUUUUUUCGAAAAAAUCGAAAAGGUCACCAGAAAUCAAUCGUUGGUUGCACUGUGUGACAUCGAUUUCGAAAUAUCAUCGAACAAAAGCCCAAAACGCUGCGUAUUGGAUACCUAAUUAAGCUCAGACCGGCGAAGAGUGCACUCAUCAUAAUUAAAGUUUUACAAAAUAUACUUAAAAAAUAAAAAAAUAAUGAUGUCCAAAAGAUCGCUGCUAAUUGCCGGUCUCCUACUGAUCGUGGGCUGCUCCACGGUGUUAUCCUUUCCCCAAGGCUUAACCGAUGAAGAGAUGCAAAAUGAUGAUUUUACCUAUGAUGAUGAUGAUAGUGCGCCCUCUCCACAGACCAAGGCCACAAGUCCUGCAAGUCCCAGUGAGAAAGUCAACAAAACUCUAACGGCAACGGGUAUACGAGGCGAGGAUUUGGUCCUGAAAUGCGAUUUGGACAGCAAUGUGCUGGCAAAGAGCGUGAUCCUUUGGUAUUUCGGCGAGAAUAUCAUUGCCAAUGGCAAGAGCCUGCUUCUGUCCAAUUUCGAGCUGGACUCCAAUAACGAUCUGAUCAUUCUGAAGGCCAGUCCAAAGGAUGCUGGGAUCUAUCAUUGCCUGGCAGUGCCCUCAAAUUCCGUGGUCUACACAAAGGUCUCGAUUGCUGAACAUUCCCUGGAUGCCAUUGCGCCGGAGAGUUCAACUUCCACGGCAGGAUCAGGAUCCGCUAGCAGCAGUUUGCUCCUUGGAUGGACGUUGCUAGUGCUGCUGGGGAUCAUCAAACAUUAGUUUAGUUUAGUAUUAAGCCAUAUACUUUUUCCAAUCUUCUCAAAAGGAAAUCGAUUCAAUUCAAGUCUCUGUUGAUUGUAAAUUUUUUGUAUUUUGUAAAGACACGCGAAAUCAACUUUAU